CAGUGGUGGGGAGGCAUUGGGCUAAGUUACGUUAUGUGGCCCUUGGAGAAGCUCCAAAUCGUUCAGAAGUGGGGUCUCAGCUGUUGAGGAGCCAAUGGAUUAAUGCACAAGAUAUCUACUCAUUUAUAGCGCUUCCAAAUCGCAAAGACUUUGAAAUCAUCUUGUUUCAGGAAGGAGCCUUGCAGAGUUUUACUCAAAUAUUUGAUGCUAGUGUUGGACAUGGCUUCUGGAAGAACUGGGAGCUGGACACCUCUGCUCCGCAAGAUGUUAGAUUCGUCUAUGUUAAGUUCUGGACAGGCAAGGUGGCGGAUGCUGAUGUUGAGCAGUACCUACGCAGGUACUGUGAGAUUCUACAGCCUGUGUUUAAACAUCUGGGUCAGUUUGGACUAUGUACAGAGUCCGCCGUUAUAAAGUGAAGUUACGUCAUGACCCCGAUGGCAAUCUCUAUCAGAUCCCAAAUUCAAUCUCGCUGGGUCGUAUAACGGCAGGAUCUCAUACCCUGCUCAGGUACAGAGGUGCUACAUUUGAGGUUCCCAAGACCAUUCAAGUGAAAGACUGUGAGACCUUGAAGUGUUGGAGGUGCGGGGAAUUUGGGCAUAGAGGUAAGGAGUGUAAAAAUACAGAAAUCCGUAAUUUGUGCCAGGAACAAGGCCACACUUACUUUAAAUGCCCAAGCUCCUAUAGCAAUAAAGCACGUGGACCGACACUGAUGCCAUCUACUGACGUCAACACGGCUCAAAAUGGAAAACAUCAGAGCACGGCACCUCAAACCAGUGAGGACAUCCAGGAAGCCCAGAUCAGCAAUGAGGGUCCAGCUCAGAUCAACAAUGGAGAAAAGGCAAAGUCUACAAGUUCCAUCAGCGACAGCUCGGACACCAGCUCUGGUGGCAGUAAUGAUUCCAGUUCAGAAGAUUCAGAUUCCAGUGAGGGAAUUCUUCCUCCUUCGGGACAUCAGAAAGAGUCACCUGGCCAAGAAGACACCGGAGCAGUGAUGACGUCUGGGCGGCAAUUACCGGAGAACGAAGGUGACGCUGUUCUUUUCACUCCUGACAGUUCUGAUAGUCUGCAAGCUGGAAGUCUCCCUCCCACACAGUCUAGCACUGCCAUUCUGAGUGUGGCUAAGAAGCGCAGACAAAGAGCGACUUCAUCGAGUUCCAGUGUUCAGAAAGAAAUGAAGGAGUAAGAACUUUUAAGAACUCUGUUUAUG